CCACAACCCCCCCAGAGCUAACAGAAGAUUUGCAUUCUGCCAUGGCGAAGCGUCGGGGCAGAACCAGCAGAGGUGUUGGGAAGGAUGUUGGAGCAUCCCAGGGGAGCCAAAAGGAUCAAAAAGAUAGGGAGGGCCCCCAAAGACGGCGGCGAAGACGAGACAAAGGAAAAGAGAGCAGAGGCCAGGAGCAAGGCCUCUCACUCGAGAAAGUUACGCAACAGCUGGCAGCUUCACACAAAAGUUUAGAGUGGAUCAAAUCCUGGGGAAAUUUUUGGUUUCUUACACUACACUGCUUGGCGAACAUUGGCCCUCCAAAAGUUGUAGCUAGCGAGGCCUCAAGCCUUCAUUCUCCAAGGAUUUCUAUUUCAGCGACGCGAACUUGCGGCGGGACCGUUACAUGAAGCGGACGGUGGAUGACGCCGAAGGUGGCUUUCUCACUCUGGACUCGCUCUUGAGCUUUAACCGCCUCAAGGCCUUGGGAGUGACCAGCGCCCAGCAGCUCGCGGAGGCGGUGCGACGGUCGCAGCUCUUGGAGUUGGACGGCUCCGGCGCGCGGGUGAGGCGUGACUUUCAGAAGCACCCUCUUGGAACCUACGAUGCCAUCUCCAGGACCUUAUACGUCGAAGGCUUGCCUUUGACAUUUGGGAUUGACGACUUGACGACGUUCUUCUCGGAGUAUGGGCAGGUGAAGCUUCUAGAGCUGCCGCAUCAUCGAGAAACGCGAGAGCCGCGUGGCUUUUGCUUUGUGGAGUUCGCCUCGAGCCAGGAGGCAGAUAAGGCGCUGGCGAAGUGUAACGGCCUUUGGCCGCAGGCUUGGCCCCAGCGUUAUGAUGGCAAAACAGUCAGAGCCAUGCGGAAAGCUGACUGGCACAAGCAGUGUCGAGAGUACAAAACUCUACAAGCAGCUUCACGUGGGCCGAGUUUCCAGGGAAAGCCCAAAGAAGAGGUACCCAAAACAAGGCCGCGGAAAGAUGCGGAAGCUUCUGAAGCGGAGACGAAGAGCAAGCCAAAGCCAUCUCAGAGACCAGGAUGUGUGGUGAAAAUCACGGGGUUGAAGGAUGCUGAACAUGUGAUAAAUAUGCAAAGCAUCCGACACUAUGCAGAGCACGCAGUGGCAGUUGAGUAUUGCGACUACCUGCCCUCCUUAUCUCUAGCUUAUUUGAGGUUAAAGUCUCCCGAGGACUGCGUGACACUUCUUGAAGAUGUGAAAGCAACCGGACGUCUGCUGGGCUGCGAUCAACCGAGCGCAGAGGUUCUGGGACCAGACGAGGAGGAGAAGUACUGGCAAGACGUGGUGGAGCGACAUGCAUCACGGGACGAACAGAGUGGCAAGUUUGUCAUGCCUCCAUCAAGUGUAAGACGAGAACGAGAACACAUAGUUUCCAGAAUUCGGCGGUGGCGCCCCGUGACAUCUUCGUCCUCUAAAUUCAAGGCAGGCUUUACAGACACGGCUGGCGGCAAUGCUGACUUUGUCCCGGCCGGCUUUGGCAAGAGUUAUCGUAAAGCCAAGAAAAUCCCCAAGGUGAUUCCACCCCGUAAGCGACGCGACGUCCCAGACGAGGACGCGAAAUCCCGCAAGGCGCUCCCAGCGGUUCCCCCGCCCAGCCCGUUCCAACUGCCCGGGACGACGCGGAAACGGCGGCUCCCCGGUGCGCUGCCUCCACCCAGUCCGGCGCAUGCGUUCCCACCCCCCAGCCCAGCGAUUGAUUCCCUCUCUCCGGACUCAGAUCCCACCAUGUCCCCUGAGGUGGAUCGAAAACAUGCCAGUCCAAGUGGAGAUGGGGAGGAUGCCAGUCAGGCAACGCAGGAGGAUGGGCCUGGGGAUUUAGAUGACCUGGAUCCUGAUUUGGUGAUGAGCGUGAUGGAAGAUUUCAAUUGACUUGAGUGGCAAAGGUUGAGCUGCGCAUUCCUUCCACGCUGUCCAUGCUGUGAGCCCCCCCAUGCUUCAGGCAUGUGAGAUGGUGCCACGGGACGUGCCAAUGAUGGAACCUUGGCAGCAACCGAGAAGAAAAACAGCUGGAUUCGGCUCCACAGAGAGUCGUUUCAGGAUUCGCCGAUGCAAGGGAGGUCCAAA